AGCCGCCCUGGGGGAGGAGCUGGAAUGAGAAGCCCCCCACCCAGGGGGUCACCGGAUGUCCACGCACGGAGCCUCGGCCCCCAGGUGUCCACCAAGCGAGCACCAGCGAGCCGUGACCGCUGAGCCGGCCGGGCCUCCGCCCUUGGGCGGCCACCGGGAGAUGGACUGACCAUGGGGGGGCAUCUCCGGUCCUCGGACCUGUGGGUCUGGACACUGGUGAUGCGGCGGCCACGGCCGGAGCUCGGGUGGGCAGCUUGGCUCCGACACGAAGGGGCCGGGCCGCAUGGGCAGGUGUGUGUGCUGCCCGGAGGACCGGGGGCUGUGAGGCUCCGGCCACGUGGCCGGGUUCCAGUGCGGACCCCAGGGGCGAGGCCGCCUGCAGGUGCAGGGCACGCGCCUCGCGCCCGCCAGGGGGCGCUCCCUCCCCCAGCGGCUACCCGCUGCCUGGCCAGGGACCCUUGCGCCACAAUAACGGCCAACGAGCUGCGGCCGCCGCCUUCCCACCGGGCGGGGCCCGCGGGGGCGCGCGAGAGGCAGGCAUGCGCGCCCCCGGGCGUGCCGGCGUCACUUCCGGGGCGCGGUCAGCAUCGGCCCCGCCCUGAGGUCCCUUCCGCGUUCUUCCGGAGCGCCGGUCCGGUCCGGCGGUGGGGGUGGGGGUGCGUGUCGCGACCUCUCAGGGCACUGGUCCAGGGUUGCAGGGGUGAGGUGUCCGGACCGCGCGCCCCCGCCGCUCCUUUGCGUGGUGCCAUUGCGGUGCGGGCCUGGCCGCGCGCCCUCCCUGACCCCUCGGCUCAUUUGCUCCCGCGGCGGGACCCAGCGCCCCCAGCCAGGCCCGGGCCGGAGCGGCCGCCAUGGGGUGGGGUGGGGACGAGGGCUGCACCCCGCGCCCGCCCAUCCGUCCGCAGCCCGCGUCCACGCGCCGCGUGCUCGCCGUGGUGUUCGUCGGCCUGCUGCUGGACCUCCUGGCCUUCACGCUGCUGCUGCCCCUGCUGCCCCGGCUGCUGGAGAGCCACGGCCGUGCCCACGACCCGCUGUACGGCGCGUGGCAGCGCGGGGUGGACUGGUUCGCCGCGGCCAUCGGGAUGCCGGCCGAGAAGCGGUACCACGGCGUCCUGUUCGGAGUUCCUCUCGGCGCCGCUGACCGGGGCCGCCUCGGACUGCCUGGGGAGGCGCCCACUGAUGCUGCUGUCCCUGGCCGGCGUGGCCACCUCGUACGCGGUGUGGGCCAGCUCCCGGAGUUUCGCGGCCUUCCUGGCCUCCAGGGUGGUCGGCGGCGCGAGCAAGGGGAACGUGAGCCUCUCCACGGCCAUCGUCGCUGACCUGGGCUCGCCUCAGGCCCGCAGCCAAGGCAUGGUGAGUCCCGGGCGGGGGGCGGCCCGGGCGGGGACCCCUGCCCGGCUCAGGCGCCUGCCUCCCCCAGGCGGUCAUCGGGGUGGCCUUUUCCCUGGCCUUCACGCUGGGCCCCCUGCUGGGCGCCUGCCUGCCCAUGACGACGGCGCCCUGGCUCGGCCUGCUCUUGGCCCUGUCGGACCUGCUGUUCCUCUUCUGGUUCCUGCCGGAGACGCUGCCCCUGGAGAAGCGGGUAGGGCCAGGCACGGGCACGGACAGCCCGGGCUCGGAGGCUGGGGUCCACGGGCUGGGCGCGGGGGCGCUCCCGGCACCAGGGCAGCGGCGGGCGCCCAGUGCUGCUGGCCACGAGGCCCUGCAGGCCCUGCCCGCUCCCCACAGGCUCCGUCCAUCGCACUGGGCUUCCGAGCCGCCGCCGACCUGCUCAGCCCGCUGGCCCUGCUGCGCUUCUCGGCCGUGGCCCGCGGCGGCGAGGAGCCCCGGCGGUCGGGCUCCGCUGCGGGCCUCGGCAGCCUGCGACGCCUGGGCCUGGUCUACUUCCUCUACCUCUUCCUGUUCUCGGGCCUCGAGUUCACACUGAGCUUCCUGGUGCACCAGCGCUUCCAGUUCAGCAGCCUGCAGCAGGGCAAGAUGUUUUUCUUCAUCGGCCUCACCAUGGCCGCCAUCCAGGGCACCUACGCCCGGCGGAUUGGCCCCGGCCGGGAAGUGGCCGCCGUGAAGCGGGCCAUCCUGCUGCUGCUGCCGGCCUUCCUCCUCGUCGGCUGGGGGCGCUCGCUGCCCGUGCUGGGCCUGGGGCUGCUGCUCUACUCCUUCGCCGCGGCCGUCGUGGUGCCCUGCCUGUCCUCUGCGGUGGCCGGCUACGGCUCACCAGCGCAGAAGGGCACAGUCAUGGGCACGCUGCGUAGCCUGGGCGCCCUGGCCAGGGCAGUGGGACCCCUGGCGGCGGCCUCAGUGUACUGGCUGGCCGGGGCCCAGGUCUGCUUCUCCGUCUGCUCGGGCCUCUUCCUGCUGCCCGUCGCGCUCCUGUGCAAGCUGAGGCACCAGGCGCAGCCCAAGGCCGAGUAGCUGAGCCUGGACGGCACCCCCACCCGCCCGCGCACCCACCAUGUCGCCCUGGGUGGCGCCCCACAGGGCGUCUGCCUGCUGCCCAGGCACCACCUGGAGCCUAGGUGCAGACCAGGAAACAGUAAAGAAUUUAUUUGUGAGUAAAACCUGUUACAUGAGGGACGGACGCACAGGCCCCUGUCCGUCUACACAGCUGUAUCUCGUGUUGUAAUACAAAGAAUUAACUACAAAA